CAGUUUAGUUUAUUAAGCUUGUGAUAUAGUGAGGAGUCAGGGUAGUGUUGGCUUAACGAUCAGUUAAUUAGAAGCUAGGGAUUCAGCUAGCUGCAGUAGCAAUUAAUCCCCAUGUCUCUGCUCUUCUCCCGAAUGCUACUGCUGCUGCUACCUGCAGUCGUAUCUGCUGUGCCUGACGGCAGAUGCCCAACGAAAUGCGGCGUCGUGGAGAUCCCUUACCCCUUCGGCAUCGGCGCUAACUGUUCCAGGGACGGCCAAAUAGAUUAUAUCUGCAACAGUACGGAAACUGGCAUCGGCGCUAACUGUUCCUUGGGAGGAGGUUUCAAUCUAACCUGCAACACCAUCGAAAGUGGCCUCAGGAAACCAUUCUAUGGCAAUAAUGUUGAGGUCCUCAAUAUUUCGUUGGUGACGGGCCAAGUGCGCAUGCUCAACAACAUAUCCUCGGCGUGCUACAAUUCAAAUUACAACAAUUUCACUUACACCUACAGCUGGUGGUCGGAUCUGGAAAACACCCCAUAUAGGUUGUCAGAUCUGCACAACAAGUUCACUGUCAUCGGAUGCAACACCCUUGCCUACAUUCUCGCCCUCGAUGAGAGCAAUGGCUUCCAGCAGAGAGGCUGUGUGUCCAUGUGCCUGUAUGAACAGAGCAUCGUCAAUGACUCCUGCUCCGGCAUGGGUUGCUGCCAGACUACCAUACCCAAGAAUCUCAGAUACUAUGAAGUCAGCUUUGGACAAUCAUGUUUCAACAACUCGAAUACUUGGAGAUUUAGCAGAUGCAGCUACGCCGCCUUGUUGGAGGCCGAGUGGUUCCAUUUCCAAACAUCUUACAUCACCACGAACCAAUUCAUGCAAAUUAGUGAUGGCAGGGUGCCGGUCGUCUUGGACUGGGCCAUUCGAAACGAGACCUGUGAAGUAGCUAAGCGCAACCCAACCUCUUAUGCCUGCAUCAGCAAAUACAGCGACUGUGUCGACUCCUCCAAUGGCCCUGGUUAUCUCUGCAAUUGUUCCGAGGGAUACCAAGGCAAUCCUUACGUCUCCGACGGAUGCCAAGACAUCAAUGAGUGCGAUCAGCAAUCAAAUCCAUGCUCCGAUGGCAUCUGCCACAACCUUCCAGGUGAUUAUAGAUGCGAGUGCCCCGAAGGCACGCAAGGAAACGCUUACAAUGGAGUAUGCAUCACAGCAGAGUCUCAGAAAUUAUCCUUAGCUGUGAAGGUAGCUAUAGGUGGUGGCAGUGGUGUAAUCAUUUUGUUACUAUGUAUUAUGUGUCUUUAUGUAGUCUAUCAAAGAAGUCAAAUUGAAGAGAUGAAAAGAAAAUAUUUCAAACAACACGGAGGCUAUGAAUUAGAGGAAAAGAUGAAGUUACAAAGAGGCCUCAACAAAUUUAAGAUAUUUGAAAGCAAAGAAUUAGAGAAGGCAACAAAUCAUUUUGACGACAAAAAUAUUAUUGGGAGAGGAGGAAAUGGAGUUGUAUAUAAAGGGGUUUUGGAAAACCAAGUUGUUGUUGCCAUAAAGAAGCCUAAGAUUAUCAAUGAGGAUUUAAAAAAACAGUUUGGAACAGAGACACUUAUUUUAUCAUAUGUUAACCAUGUCAACAUAGUCAAUCUCUUGGGUUGUUGUUUGGAGACUGAGAUGCCAUUAUUGGUCUAUGAGUUUGUCUCGAAUGGAACAUUGUUUCAUUUAAUUCAUGAAAAUGAGAAUCAAGCUCCAACUUCCUUGGAUACUCGACUGCGAAUUGCUUAUGAGUCGGCUGAUGCUCUGGACUACUUGCAUUCAAAAGCUUCACCGCAAAUCAUUCAUGGAGAUGUGAAACCCUCUAAUAUACUUUUAGAUAUGGAUUACACAGCAAAAAUUUCAGACUUUGGAGCUUCAAAGAUGAUUCCCAAGGGGGAGAAACAAUUUGCUACAUUAUUGCAAUUCACUCAUGGUUAUAUUGAUCCAGAGUGCUUGAUGACAUAUGAAUUGACCUAUAAAAGUGAUGUUUAUAGCUUUGGUGUGGUUCUCUUGGAGCUAUUUACAGGUAAGAAGGUUAUUAGUUUUGAAGAAUCUGAAGAACAAAAGAGUUUGGUGUCGACUUUUACUAUGUUGGAGAAGCAGAAUAGGGUUUCAGAUAUCUUAGACAAUCAAGUGAAAUUGGAAGGUAAUAUCGAAUUUAUUCAAGAACUUACCGCACUUAUUAAGGAAUGUUUAAAGUCGAAGGGAGAAGAUAGACCAACUAUGAAGGAAGUGGCUGAGGAGCUAAAUGGAUUAAGAACUCUUAAGAAACACCCGUUCAUAGUACAACACAAUGUUGAAGAAAUGGAGAGCUUGCUCAGUGGGUUGCCAAAUGAUAAUCGUGCUAAUUCCAAUACUAUUUUCAAUAUAGAGAGAAGACUAACAAGACGGAGCAAUAUACAAGGCUGGCUGUAAUAGGGACUUGGUCUCAAAUGGUGUUGCUAUGUUGAUUAUGUGUGUUUUGUUUGCUUAAUGUUCUAGCCUUCGUAAGUGUUUUUUUUUUUUUGAAAACAAGAGAUACCACACGCAGAGUUUCAUCCUCCUUCCUCAUCAGUUUGUAUGCAACCUUGGUUGUCAUAAUACAUUUUAGCUCUGCAAACUUUGCAUCCCAUUCAGCUUCAAGAGUGGAAUUGAUGAUAAUUUGUUGUAAACUUUGCAUACCAUGUCUCUCCUCUUCUUUGUUGUAAAACUGGAAUUGAUUGUUUUCCCCUUUAAAAAGUUAUUGUGCA